AUGCCUCCCCGUUCCCUAGCUAGGGAAAAGUCAUCAUCAUCGAUGAAAGAAGAGGGAACUGCUUCCUCUUCCGAUAGCGCUGUUAUUAUUGAAAAGCAGCAAGAAUAUAUUGAACUGUUAGAACAGGAAUUGAAAUCAUUGAAACAACAUUUUGAUCGAACGAUGGAGAAAAUUUUCUCAAAUCCAGUGUUUGCUUCUUUAAGGAUGAAUGGUGGAUCGUCAUCAUCAUCCACAACAAGAGGAACAACAAACGAGAAAAAAAAGAGAACAAGGGAUAAAAGUCGUGAAGAGGAAUCGGAAGUAUCUGGAAGUGAUGAAAGUAGUGGAGAGGAGCAACAACAAGAAACUUCACUCCGAAAACCUAGGCAGAAAAAAUCCUCAUUGAUGGAUUUGGAGAGCGAUGAGGAAACCACAGUUGAUAAUAUUUUUCAAAUGGAUUUUUGGAAUCAACAAGUCUCGCGAAUGAUCAAGACGAAAAAAUCCAAAUUACCAAAGGUACCAACUCCUAAAGAAGGAUCUAAAUUUACGAUUGGCAUUGUGGAAGCCAAGAAAACUAAGAAAGCAGCUGUGAAAAAACCAUCUGAAACGGAGAAUGAGCAAGAGGAAAUGAUCGAAGCUCUUCCAUUACCAUAUUUCCAAGCACCUGUUACGGUCAGUGAGUCACUUGCAAAACUUUUAGGAGAUUCCAAACAGAGAAACUUCAAAAAAGAUGAGGUUUACAAAUUAGUGUGGCAGUAUAUGCACAAAAAUAAUAGAUUUGACGAACAACACCAUGUACUUUUAAAUGAUGACCUAAAACUGGCACUUCACAUUGAAGACUCUAAGAAAGCCCCACUAUCCAUUGAUGAUUUAAAUUACUUUGUGAUGAGGCAAAUUGUUAACGAUUCCAUCUCAAAAAAUACAAUAGCAUCUUUCCAAAUAAAAAAUUAA